GUAUAAAACCCAAGCCAACUGACGAAAGUGAUGAAGAUGAAGUUGCUGCUAAUCAUCGUCGUCGGCGUUGCUCUUUUUGCGAAAGGUACGGGUUCGUUUUAUUACAGUUCAUAUGUAUGCCGAGAUAAGCAGAAGGCGAGGCCAUUUUUCGCUAUUUAUGAAUUAGAAUAUUAGCCUCGCCUUGGCUGCAUUGCUCUCAAAAAGUACGUCUCGGCAAUUGAUACAAUUAUAGCGCUCACUAGAAGAAGAAGUUAACCCUUUUAUGAGAUUUUCUUUUCUUUCAUUUAUCCAGUUUCCAAAAGAGCAAAUGACAAAAUAAUUUAAAGAUAGAAUGUUUAUAAUAUGGCAUCCUUGAUAUUUUAAAAUCAUACAUGUUUUAAGAACCUCAACACUCGCUGUCUUAUCCCACCCAGACGACAAACUAAACUGUCUUCCCCUUUUUUAAGGAAAAGUUGUUACCUAUUAUGUUUUGAGAAUGACACUGCUAAGAGGAGAAAUAAAUUCAGAAAUAUCAGAAAUUAAAAGGAGUAAGUUCUAUGAAAACGUCACAUGUUUGCCCUAGCUUCAUUAACGGAAAGAAACAUUCAGGCAAAUUACAUGUAUUUUACCGCAACCAAUUUUUCUAGGAAAAACAAUUUUUAUGAAGAACAUUUUUAAAAUGUUUUUCAUCAGUUGCGAAAUAAUACUUUACUGAGGCUUAGUCAGUAAUUUGGACAAGUCCAUUUUCACUAACUAGUGUUAAGAAAACAAUGGAAUGAAUUUCACCUUCGUUUGCAUUUUUGGAAAUUCAUUAUUGACGACAUGUACAAUUUACAUAUCCGACUGAACUUCAAACGUUCCAUAGGUCCGUGGUGGAGACAUCGUGUCGGCUCAACGACCGCGAAAUUCAGGAGCUUAAUCUGGAUGCUCUCCUAGCCCUGAUGCCCUAUCGUCGAUUUUCGUGCUUGGUUAUCAAUAAGACUUGACAUUUAGGGGCAGAAAGACAGACCUUUCAAUAUUGCUUGCUUUACAAUGGUUUUGGCAAUUUUGCUUGCUUACUCUACAAUGCACUUAGGAAUAGUGAAUAAGGAGAAAAAGGGGCAGAGGGCUGUGCCAGUGUUUUUCCUGACUAGAAUGCAUAGGAGCUUGAGUUCGAGUUUGUACUAUUUUUGGUACUUUGUAUUAGGUGCGGGCGGUCAGUGGACCGUAAAGGCGCUUGGUUUUCGGUAUCGCCAUGUUUAUUAGAGAAAUUAUAGCAGCGGGCGUCCGUCUGUCUUGUGAGAUAACGGUAGCACCAAAAUUGGUCAAAGUCACUCCUGUUAUGCAUCAGUCUAUUCCGGGUGCGCCCAUGACCCCCAGGGGUAACCUUCGGGCAUUGGCAUUUUUUUUCCCAUAGAUGGCAAAGAGGUCUUCUGUCCUUGAUUCUUACGUAAUCUUCUUUCCUUUCUGACGGUUGAAAAUCAAUAUACAGAACUUUGUAUUCCUAUCCAGUUUCGAAGAACGGUUUCGGCGAUAUUCGUUUGUUAAAUUUCCAACAGCACGGUUGGAGGUUAUUUUCACCAGCAUAUAUUCAUUAUAUUCCUUGAAAAAAAUAAGCAAGUUAUUGAUAUUAGUUUAGCAUUUCUAGCAAUUAUGCCUAAUAAGACUUCACCUUUUAUGUUUUGGUCCCAGCUUGGUCGAUCACGUGUCAUCGUUGUGGUGGUUCGGUGCCCAGCUGUAAGGUUGCCGGCUCUGCAACAGUGGAAUGUGAAAGCCCCUUCAUGCCGGACUCAGUCUACGCCUGUCAAAUUUACACAGUAAAUUACACCUCAUUUGAUACGGUCCAGGAGUUUAAAGGCAAGGGCGAUUUUAUAUACUGUAACUUUGCAAAAGGGCAAGUCAGGUAGAUUUUUCAUUUUCGUUCAGUCUACGCCUGUCAAAUUUACACAGUAAAUUACACCUCAUUUGAUACGGUCCAGGAGUUUAAAGGCAAGGGCGAUUUUAUAUACUGUAACUUUGCAAAAGGGCAAGUCAGGUAGAUUUUUCAUUUUCGUCAUGAUAAUGUAAGAAAGUCAUUUUAUUGGAAAGAAAAUGUCCUUAAUCAAGGCGAUGACUUUCAAUUCAUCGGCGUUCUUCGUGGACACUAGAAUAUCUUUAAAGUAACAAAAACUUCUUUGUGGUCAAGUCAGACCAGUAUAAUUUAAAAAAUAUAACUUUUUUUCAUUAUCCUCAAGCAAAUUUAGGGGUGAAACGUCAGACGAGUUUCUCGCGAGUGAUGAGCGCGGCGCAACGCAAAGGCAACUAAAAUGCAAGGAAAAAGCAGACGUUAAAUCACGUUCGGUUCCAUGCCAACACGGCUCAGUUACCUUCCUCGGGUUCGCGUUGGACGUACGACGUGUAAGCAUAUAAUGUUACUUUGAAUUCAAUGAGUGACAAUGCAACUGACGAAUGAACUUUAUCUAAUUCCUUGUUUCACAGGUUGUUGCUUGUACGAGGAUUGCGAUAAAAACCCAUGCGACCAGUUGGGUAACAAAGGCGCAGUUUGCUCCAAGAUGGCCAGCUGUCAAUCAGACAAAUGUAAUUUUGACUACAAAACUGCAAAGGCCUCCCAGCGCCCAACGCUGCCUUCAAGAGCUAGCAGAAAAUUUCUCACUGCUUCUGUGAUAACCCUUAUUCUCACAGCUCUUGCCUUUCUGCAUCAGUGCAACUGCUAAGUAUAACACAGCCGGUCC